AUGCCUCAAGAUCCAAACCUGUACGGCCAGCGGCCUGCCAAGAAGCAAAAGAAGAACACGGCACUUCCAUCUUCUCUAGAUUUUACAGCACAGUUGACUUCACUCAUGUCAAACACCACAUCAUCCACAUCGACUUCGGGACGUACUAGGCCUUCCAAGGAACCAAAGGACGAUAUAUUCCGAAGCAGCAAACCAAAGCAGCAGAGCUCCCGAAAGGAUGAUGGCAAACUGGUACUCAAGGAAGUCGCCGGAACGGAAGAAGAGACACAAAAUCUGGCGCGUGCGAGGCGGAAAAUGGAAGACAAGGCGCGGCUCUAUGCAGCGAUGAAACGAGGGGACUACGUACCGAAAGAGAAUGAGGCGGCUCCUCUGGUGGACUUUGAUCGGAAGUGGGCAGAGAAUGUUGAGGGGAAAGACUACUCAAGCUCAAGCUCUGACGACGACGACGGAGAUGAUGGCAACGAUGUGAUUGAGUACGAGGAUGAAUUCGGACGACUCAGACGCGGGACCAAGGCUGAAAGGGAACGGAUGGAGCGUCGAGCGCGGAGAGGAUUACUGGGCGCAGAAGAACUCGAGCGCAUGUCCGCGCGACCGAGUGCGCCUACGAACCUGAUUUACGGGGAUGCUGUACAGGCAAUGGCUUUCAAUCCGGAUGACCCCGAGAAGAUGGAAGAGCUGGCUCGAAAGCGGGACCGUAGUGCAACACCACCGGACCAGAAGCACUACGACGCUGACAGUGAGAUUCGGACAAAGGGCGUUGGCUUCUUCAAGUUCAGCAAAGACGAGGAGACCAGGACCAAGGAAAUGAAGGAGCUGGCAGAAGAACGCGAGCAAACUGAAAAACAGCGCCAGGCUCGUGAGGAUCAAAAGGAAGCCCGGCGUAGAGAAAUUGAAAAGCGCCGACGCAACAUGGGCACGCGACGGGCUCAACGGCAGGCGGACAACUUCCUCGAAGGAUUGGCGGAGUGA